AUAUAUUUUAAACAGUUUAAUCAUAUGUUUAUUUAAAUGUUUAACUAAUUUUAAUACUUAAAAUAAAAUACCAAUAUUUAAAAAUACUGUUAGUAGUUAUGUGUUAUGUGAUUGUUUAUGAAGUGUAGCCUCCUGCAGCGCAGUUGCUUUUCCCUUGAUGAAUAGUAGAAAAUCUAAAUUAAUAUAUUUGCUAACAAAUUAUCAGUAGAUAUCAAAAGAUUUAAGAAUUUUUUUAAAUUUUAGGCGAAAUAAAAAUUUUGUAUGACAGUACUGACAGUGACAGAAUGCUUUGGCAUGAUGGCCGAUUUCGAUGUUUAAUGGAUAGUUGUUAUCAAUAUUGAAUACCUAAUUACUAAAUCUCUAAAGUUUUGAUUUAUGUUUUAUGAAUAUACUUGGAAAAUACUACAGAAUUUAACUUUCUGACAUAAACUUAAUUAACAAUAAGGUAAAUUUUAUACAAUAUUUUUAAUAAGUAAAGUAAAUAAAUUUUAAGUUCACUCAAAUAAAUAAUCGAUUACUGCCAUCGACCACUUACAUUCAAUCUCAGUUAAUUUGAUUAAUCGCGGCAGGUAAAGUGAAAUUCUUCUUUCAGUACAAUAAAGUGUUACUUGACUGCCGCAAAUGGCAGCAAAUGAGUACAAUAAUGAAUGACUUUAGUGACGAUUGGCGAUAAAAGUAAAUAUUUGCAUUUUAGAAUAACCAUAACAAUAACAAGCUGCAUUUACUAACACUAAUUUAGUAUUUACUGAAAUUAUAAUAAAGAAUAGUUUCAGGCAUACACUGUUGUCAAACUUGUGGGAAAAAAUACAAAUCAACUACGAGUCUGAAGUGCCACAUGAAAUAUUAUUGUGGAAAAGAUCCAUCCAUGGUCUGUCACCAUUGUGGCUACAAAACGUAUCAUAAAGGAAACUUAAAGUACCAUGUACUAAAACACCAUCGAAAGGAAGAGAACCUAACAAACAAGCACUCAAUUACAUUAAGCGAUUGUUUUUUUCAUUGUGACACCUGCGGUAGACCAUAUAAAUUAAAAACAUCACUGAGAGAGCACAAAAGAAAAUAUUGCCAGAUUGGACCACAGUUUGCUUGUCCACAUUGUCCAUAUAAAGCUAAGUUAAAGGGAAAUCUUAGAAGACAUAUAAUUCUGAGACAUGAAGUUUUAUAAAAAUUUUACCAUAUCUCCCAAUUUUAUUUUGUAUUUUUUAUUUAUGUUUAAUAUAAAUUCAAAAUCAUAUCAAAGUUUUUUAUUAUAGGUUUUUUCUUAACAAUUGUGGGCUUUGUUUUUUGGUUUCAUACAGCAAUAUACUGUUUUUAUGAGUAUUACGCCGUGUUGAAGUUAAUGUAAAAAGAACAAAAACUAAAUUUUGCCAUUAAUUUUGUUUUAGUCUUAGUUUUUUUGGCUUAGUUACGUUAUAUUCCAAAUUGCGAUAGCAAUUUUUUUUUCAUUUUGGUGUUAUUUUUGUCUGACCUUAUAUAUUUUUAUGUCGUGUUAAACAUAAGCAUUUCGAAAAUUAAAAAUUUUGACCGAAGUAUAUCUUAUGCCAUGUCCUAGAAUUAGUCAGUUAAAGUCAAUUUUUAUUUCUUUGCUUUGUUCCUGAUCUCGAUCUUAAUUCACAUAUAUGCGUUGGUCUUUUAUAUUUCUUGACUUUGCUUAUUUUGCAUUAAUUUUCUUAUUCUUGCGCGCUGUCUGUUUAUCUGUCUCAACAACAUACAAGUAUACCCUCUCACCUUUCUUUUUUAUUGUAUUUAUCUGACCAUCUGCAGGUCAUGGUCCGUUAUUAAAAAUCUUCAUUCUACAAAUAUUUCGUCACUUCAGGGACGAACCAUCGAGGAAUUCAUUCAAAAAUCAACAGUGCUGUCAAGAAAAUACGAAAAAACUAUGUUAUUUGUAAAAGACUAAAAAUACUACUCUACAUCCCACCAGACCGAAAACAAUGGGAACCUUCUCUGGUUACACCUCCGAGGCUUCUACAAUUUGCAAGCCAUAACGGAUGCUGAGACUAAGGAAGAUGAGGGAAUUCUACAAUUUAUAAUUCACGUCACAUCUGCUCAGCGCGGUAAAGUUCCAACGAGAAUGGUUCCUUCGUACUCCAAUCAGAGUAAACAUGUAAAUCAAAAAUGAAUAACCAUUUUCAAUUUCGUGGCAACACGAAACUUCAACCGCAUUAUAUUCUAGUUCAAUCAGAGAGUGCAGCAAGCAUCUCUACCGGUUUCGAAACUUAUUAGUCUCUCAUCAGGAGGCAUAUAUGAUGCUCUCUCUGACCCAACCAGGACAAACCCCGGCGUGCAGUCCCUCAUUGCAACGGAUGAAAUGACAGGGAUGCCCUAGCGGCAACGGCUAGCAAAAGACUAAGUUUUCGAUCUAAUAGCACAUAAAAUAUUACCAAAAAUACUACUCUACAUCCCACCAGAUCGAAAACAAUGGAAACCUUCUCUGGUUAUACCUACGAGGCUUCUAUUUUUGGUAUUAUUUUAUGUGCUAUUAGAUCGAAAACUUAGUCUUUUGCUAGCAGUUGCCGCUAGGGCAUCCCUGCCAUUUCGUUCGUUGCAAUGCGGGACUGCACGCCGGUGUUUGUCCUGGUUGGGUCAGAGAGAGCAGCCUAUGUGCUAGAGCAGCAUAUAUGUUAUAUGUGUAAUUGUAUAUAUCAUGA